AUGACGUCGAAGACGAUUCAAGCAUCGAAAAAAAUCGCGGCGAAAGACUUCGAUAAUGUCGACAGAUUAUUUGGGACGAAUCAAGUGCAAGACGGCUAUGAUAUACUGAAGAAGCGAUUGGACGGCGGCGAGAAGAGCGCCGAGCUGUUGUGGCGACUCGCCCGAUUUUGUCACGAGCGCGUCGGCUUCGCGGAUCGCAAGAAUCGCAAAGAGUUGGUGUUGGAAGGCCGAAAAUAUGGCGCCGACGCGUUUGCGGCCGAUUCGAGCAACUUCCAGGCGGCGAGAUGGGCGGCGCUGAUGAGCGGCCAGUCGGCGGAAUUUCUCGGGAUUCGCGAGCGAAUCGACGAGGGCAAAAAGUGCAAAAAGUAUUUGGAUAAAGCGCUUUCCAUUGAGCCGAAAGAUGAGGGAUUGUUGCAUUUGAGGGGUCGCUGGUGCUAUUCUGUUUCAAAUUUGGGAUGGUUUGAGCGUCGCGCGGCAUCGAUAUUGUUCUCGGGUCUGCCGAACUCAACCAUCGACGACGCCAUCGCCGAUUUUCGCGCGGUAUACGCAUUGAAUCCGAAAUGGCCUGAAAAUCUGCUAUAUCUCGGAAAAAGUUUGCUGCAAAAAGGCAAUAAAGCGGAAGCGAAGAAGUUCCUUCAAGAAGCCGUCUCGAUACCGCCGUUCAAUGAUAUUGAAAGGGAAAUAAUUGUUGAAGCGCAAGGAUUGUUAUCAAAAUGCUAA